AUGACUACCAACAACAGCAUUAUGUCCUUGUUCUCCCUUGAGGGCCAAACAGCUCUCGUCACAGGAGGGACUCGAGGAAUUGGUAAAGCUGUCGCGAUUGCUCUGGCCGAAGCCGGAGCCGACGUUCUGCUGGUCCAGCGAGACGAAUCCUCCACGGAAACCCGUGACGCAAUCAGAGCGUUGGGCCGGAAGGCCGAGAUCUACACAGCAGAUCUUAGCAAUCCUAGAGACGUCUCCAAGAUUGUGCCUCGUGUCCUCGCAGAUGGCCAUGAGAUCCGCAUACUGAUAAACUGCGCGGGGAUUCAGAGACGCCAUCCUUGCGAACAGUUCCCUGAGUCUGACUUCAAUGAGGUUAUCCAGGUUAAUCUCAACAGUGUGUUCACGCUCUGCCGUGAUGUUGGCGCACACAUGUUACAGCUGGAACCACAUCCUGUGACCGGCCGGCGUGGCUCCAUCAUCAAUUUUGCUUCUCUUUUAACAUUCCAAGGUGGCUGGACAGUUCCAGCCUACGCGGCCUCCAAGGGUGCCGUCGGUCAGCUCACAAAAAGUUUUGCCAAUGAGUGGACAGCGCGGGGUAUUACCGUCAAUGCCAUUGCUCCUGGCUAUAUCGAAACAGAUAUGAAUACAGCAUUGUUGAACAACCCGGAAAGGUUGGCAAGCAUUAGUGCCAGGAUACCUGCCGGCAGGUGGGGGACUCCUGAUGACUUCAAAGCCGAGUGCUCGGCUUAUCGAGAAUUCCGGUCUCAAGCAGCGAAAAUUUCUUCUGAGCUUUGGUUUUAA